AUGAGGGGCUUGUCUCCACAGUACCUGUCGAGGGUGCACGACGACCACUUCCCCGUCGAGCGCCAGCUCAACGGCACCUACGCCAUCACCGGCGGGAAGGCACACUGUGGCCCCGCCAAGCUCUGCGAGUUCCACUCGCGCGACCCCGACGGGCUGCCGUGCAACCUGCGCAAGCCGUGCAACCGGCGCCUGGAGCCGCAGCCCGGGGUCUUCGACGGCCUGCGCGACGCCAUGGUGCGCGACUACGUGCGCCAGACGUGGAAGCUGGAGGUGAGGGCGGCCGACGGGGAUGGUGGGCUGCCGUGUCCUGCAGCUGCAAGCUGGGGAUGCGCUCGGGGCCGGGCUGGAAGGCUGAGGCCCCGGAAGGAGCAGGGCACGUAUGCACUGUCCCUGAUCUACGGGAAAACCGUGAACCACUACCUCAUCAGCCAGGACAAGGCGGGCAAAUACUGCAUUCCCGAGGGUGCCAAGUUUGACACACUCUGGCAGCUGGUGGAGUAUCUGAAGCUCAAGGCCGAUGGGCUCAUCUACUGCCUGAAGGAGGCCUGCCCCAACACCAGUGCCAGCACUGUCUCGGGCCUGUCUGUGUGCAUGUCCAUCCUGCUGCACUCAGGGGACUGCUCCCAGCCACAUCGGGGGCUCCCCGUGCACAGGCACAGGCUGAGGCCCCGGAAGGAGCAGGGCACGUAUGCACUGUCCCUGAUCUACGGGAAAACCGUGAACCACUACCUCAUCAGCCAGGACAAGGCGGGCAAAUACUGCAUUCCCGAGGGCACCAAGUUUGACACACUCUGGCAGCUGGUGGAGUAUCUGAAGCUCAAGGCCGAUGGGCUCAUCUACUGCCUGAAGGAGGCCUGCCCUAACACAAGCACCAGUGCUGCUUUGGGGGCCGCUGCUCCCACACUCCCAGCCCACCCCUCCACGUUCACCCACAUGAGUCAACGGAUCGACACCCUCAACUCAGAUGGAUACACCCCUGAACCAGCACAUCUAGAAUCCCCAGACAAGCUGCAGGCGAUGCCCAUGGACACAAGCAUGUACGAGAGCCCCUACAGUGACCCUGAGGAGCUCAAGGACAAGAAGCUCUUCCUGAAGCAUGAGAACCUCCUCAUAGCUGACAUUGAACUUGGCUGUGGCAACUUUGGCUCAGUGCGCCAGGGUGUCUACCGCAUGCGCAAGAAGCAGAUCAUGGUGGCCAUCAAGGUUCUGAAGCACAGCACAGAGAAGGCGGACAAAGACGAGAUGAUGCGGGAGGCGCAGAUCACGCACCAGCUGGACAACCCCUACCUCGUGUGGCUCAUCGGUGUCUGCCAGGCAGAAGCCCUCAUGCUCGUCAUGGAGAUGGCGGGUGGCGGACCCCUGCACAAGUUCCUGGUUGGAAAGAAGGAGGAGGUCCCCAUCAGCAACGUGGCUGAGCUGCUGCACCACGUGUCCAUGAGCAUGAAGUACCUGGAGGAGAAGAACUUUGUGCACCGUGACCUGGUGGCCCGCAACGUCCUCCUGGUCACCCGGCACUAUGCCAAGAUCAGCAACUUUGGCCUCUCCAAGGCACUGGGUGCUGACGACAGCUACUACACCGCCCGCUCAGCGGGGAAGUGGCCGCUCAAGUGGUACGUGCCCGAGUGCAUCAACUUCCGCACGUUCUCCAGCCGCAGUGACAUCUGGAGCUACGGGGUCACCAUGUGGGAGGCCUUCUCCUAUGGCCAGAAGCCCUACAAGUAAAUGAAGGGUCCCGAGGUCAUGGCCUUCACUGAGCAGGGCAGGCGGAUGGAGUGCCCUCCAGAGUGUCCACCUGAAAUGUACACACUCUUGAGCAACUGCUGGAUCUACAAGUGGGAGGAUCAUCUGGACUUCCAGACCGUGGAGCAGUGCAUGCGGACCUAUUACUACAGCUUGGCGAGCAAGUCUGAGGAGCCCCCGGGGUGCAGGCAGGGGGCCGAGGUGGCAUGUACCUGA